AUGGGAUUUGGCGACAGAUGGGUGAAUUUAGUAAUGAAUUGUGUUACUUCUGUUGAAUACUCUUUUGUGAUGAAUGGCAGAGUUAAAGGACACAUUAGCCCCUCACGGGGCCUCAAGCAAGGGGAUCCACUAUCUCCCUACCUGUUUAUCUUAGUACCUGAUGCUUUUUCAAGAAUGCUACUAACUGCAGUAUCGGAAAAAAGAAUUCAUGGUGCAAAAGCAAGCCUAAGUGGGCAGGAGAUCUCUCACCUUCUUUUUGCAGAUGAUAGUAUACUUUUUGCUAGAGCUAACCAACAGGAAUGCUUAGAGGUAGUUGAUUUGUUCAACAAGGAGAUAAAAAAAGCCAAAUUUGGGGAGCUUCUUGACAGAAUUUGGAAAAAGUUGCAAGGGUGGAAGGAGAAACUUUUGUCUCGAGCUGGGAAAGAGGUGCUCUUGAAAUAUGUUAUACAGGCCAUUCCUACUUAUCUAAUGGGAAUCUAUAAGUUCCCGAUUUCGGUGACUAGUGAUCUCGAGAUUUUUAAUGAUGCACUUUUGGGAAAGCAAGCUUGGCGUUUAGUGAAGGGAGAAAAUACGCUUCUCGGGAAGGUAAUGAAGGCGAAGUAUUACCAUAAGAGCACUUUCCUUGAAGCUCCUCUUGGUUACUCUUCAAGUUACUCAUGGCGAGGGAUUUGGAGUGCUAAAGCACUCAUAAAAGAAGGGAUGAUCUGGAGGCUCGGUAAUGGAACAUGUAUUAAUAUAUGGCAGGAUUCUUGGAUUGUAGACGAAGAAGGGCACUUCAUCCAAAGCCCUAUGGUAGACAAGGUGACAAUGGUGAGCGACUUGAUAACUUCAGAAUUCAUGGAGUGGGACCUGGCGCGCGGCUUACUCACAUAUUUAAUGAGCGAGACAUUAAGUGCAUUAUGUCGAUCCCUUUGA